CGCCCCCAUGUCCCGACCUCCUGUUCAGUGCAAAGAGUGUAAGGAGUUAUUCCCGGACAGAAAAUCGGCAAGAGAACACGGUCGUAUCACAGGCCACAGUGCGGGUACCGGUUACUACUGCGACGAGUGCGGCUUUGUUGGCAAGUGGAAAAAAUAUCGAGAUCAUGUACCGUCGACGGGACAUCCACGGAGAGUCGAGCACGUGCCGGGCUCUGCUCGUGGGGAACACUUCACCACUCAGCACGAACUGGCAGUACACCGUGAUACCACGCAAUUCCAAUCACCACCUAGAGCGAAUGAAUGCCUUGUGUGUGGAGAGGAAACGACCACUGGCGAGGCGCACCUGGAAUGCCUGGACAAUCCGGUCUGCUGCCCCAACUGCCAGCGACAAUUCUCGACCGGCGCGGCGCUUGCAGAGCACGUCAAAGAGUCCUCGCCUUGUCCUACAUGCAAUAUCUGCACGUUCAGAGGGCGGUUGGCUAAGCACUGGCUCAUAUCCAUGAACCACCCGAAAUGUUACGAUUGCAAGCUCGGAUUUGAGGAUAUGAGCAGAUGGUCCCAGCAUAAGGCCAUCUGUCCGACGUCGCUCUCUCUGAGAUCGUCAAAAGCCAGCCGAAGCGAGAUGAAGUCGGACACGGGAACUGCGGAGGCCAAUACACCAUCUGUUCGCUUUGGCGCAGACGAUCCGUCAACCACAGUUCACGAUACUGCAUCUGGGCCAGAAGCCGAUGCUUUAUCUUGGCAUUGUAGACUAUGCACCGGGGAGGUGUGCAUCGAACCCGUUGUUACAGUCUGCGGGCAUAUCUUUUGUCACAGAUGCAUAGUACAGGAGCUCGGCGAGAACAUGCGCUGCCCUGUUUGCAAGAAAGCCUUCUUCAUUCGCUUGCAUACUAGGAACUAGGUGUCUCGCACAUUUUCGGCCGAGCUCGACACAACACGAGAGGUAUCCGCCUGGCUUAGGG